AUGCUAAAAAUUGAAGGCCUACUGCCGGAUUUGAACAUGUCUGGCACCCAGUACAACAUUGCUCUGGCAAUCUUCUUCGUCCCUUAUGUGCUGUGCGAGGUUCCUAGCAACGUUUUACUAGGCAAAUUCAAGAAGCCAUCGGUGUAUUUGGGAAUCUUGACAUUUUACUGGGGCACUGUUAUAACCCUUACGGGGCUCUUCCAGAACUUUUCUGCGCUUUGUGCAACUCGUUUCCUGCUGGGUGUUUUUGAAGCUGGAUUCUUCCCGGGAGCUGUCUGGCUCGUUUCUCGAUGUUCAUUAUCUGGAGCUUUCUCCGGGCUUCUCGCAUUUGGUCUCACAAAGAUGGAUAGCAUUGGUGGCUAUGCUGGCUGGAGAUGGAUCUUCAUCAUUGAAGGAGCCGCAUCUGUACUCCUGGCAUUUGUCUGUUACUUCUUUCUCGUGGAAUCACUCGAGCUCUCCACCAAAUGGCUGCAGCCUGAUGAGAUUCGGUAUUUGUUGUUGCGAAAACAAGCCAAGAGAGGCCGUAUCGUGGUUGACGAGAACCCGGACAAAUUCGACUGGAAAACAUUGUUCAGUGUCUUCAAGGAUUCGCACCUCUACCUGCAAGUCCUGAAUAUAUGGUCCAACACCGUUCCCAAUUACGGCCUGAAGUUUUCCCUUCCCCAGAUCAUCACCAACAUGGGAUAUACUGCCGCGAAUGCUCAGCUGCUCUCAAUACCCCCUUAUGUCGCUGGUGAGAUAUCCGCCUAUCUAUUUGCACUCCUUGCAGACAAAUUGAGAUGGCGCAUGCCGAUCAUUGUCACCGGCCAAAUAUUGGUGAUUAUUGCAUUUGCGGUGCUCUUCUCACUAGCCGAAGAUAUUAAGAACAACAUUGCGGCUUGCUAUUUCGCAGUUGUUCUCGCUUGUAUUGGUCUAUACCCGAUCCUCCCUGGAACCAACGCAUGGACGUCCAAUAAUCUCGCCGGCCCAAGAAAACAAGGCAUGGGCAUCGCUUUCAUGCUAAGUCUUGGCAAUGCUGGCGGUCUUGUGGGUUCUUUUAUCUACAUUGAACGUGAAGCCCCAAUGUACCCCACCGGAUUUGGAAGCUCAUUUGCGUUCGCCGCGGCAGGCGUGGCAGCAAGUAUCAUCCUAGAGGUCAAACUCUGGUGUACCAAUAAACGGAACGCGGAGAUGAGCAGAGAGGAGAUUUACGAUAAAUAUACCGACCACGAGCUACAGAUGAUGGGAGACCGGUCGCCGCUGUUCAAGUAUAUACUUUGA